CCUGCGCAGAGGGUCGAGGACCCUGUGUCCUGAGAAGGCUUAGCGCCUGCGCGUUGUAGGUUUCGGGGCCUCCCGGCCUGAGGGAGAGGAACAGGGAAGAUGGCGGCUGUGGUGGAGAAUGUAGUGAAGCUCCUUGGCGAGCAAUACUACAAAGAUGCCAUGGAACAGUGCCACAAUUAUAACGCCCGCCUCUGUGCUGAACGUAGUGUGCGCCUGCCUUUCCUGGACUCACAGACUGGAGUAGCCCAGAGCAAUUGUUAUAUCUGGAUGGAAAAGCGACACCGGGGACCAGGAUUGGCCUCUGGACAGUUAUACUCCUAUCCUGCCAGACGCUGGCGGAAAAAGCGCCGAGCCCACCCACCUGAGGAUCCCAGGCUUUCUUUCCCAUCGAUUAAACCAGACACUGACCAGACUCUGAAGAAAGAGGGGCUUAUCUCUCAGGAUGGCAGCAGUUUAGAGGCUCUGUUGCGUACUGAUCCCCUGGAGAAACGGGGUGCCCCAGAUCCCCGAGUUGACGAUGACAGCCUGGGCGAGUUUCCUGUUAGCAACAGUCGAGCACGGAAGCGGAUCAUUGAACCCGAUGACUUCCUUGAUGACCUUGAUGAUGAGGACUAUGAAGAAGAUACGCCAAAGCGUCGGGGGAAGGGGAAGUCCAAGAGUAAGGGUGUGAGCAGUGCCCGGAAGAAGCUGGAUGCUUCCAUCCUGGAGGACCGGGAUAAGCCCUAUGCCUGUGACAAUAGUUUCAAACAAAAGCAUACCUCGAAAGCGCCCCAGAGAGUUUGUGGAAAACGUUACAAGAACCGACCUGGCCUCAGUUACCACUAUGCCCACUCCCACCUGGCUGAAGAGGAAGGAGAGGACAAAGAAGACUCCCGACCCCCCACUCCUGUGUCCCAGAGGUCUGAGGAGCAGAAAUCCAAGAAAGGACCUGAUGGAUUGGCCCUGCCUAACAACUACUGUGACUUCUGCCUAGGAGACUCAAAAAUCAACAAGAAGACAGGGCAGCCCGAGGAGCUAGUGUCCUGUUCCGACUGUGGCCGCUCAGGGCAUCCGUCCUGCCUGCAGUUCACCCCUGUGAUGAUGGCGGCCGUGAAGACCUACCGCUGGCAGUGCAUCGAAUGCAAGUGCUGCAACCUCUGCGGCACGUCGGAGAACGAUGACCAGCUACUUUUCUGUGAUGACUGUGACCGUGGCUACCACAUGUACUGUCUCACUCCUUCCAUGUCUGAGCCUCCUGAAGGAAGUUGGAGUUGCCACCUGUGUCUGGAUCUGCUGAAGGAGAAAGCAUCCAUCUACCAGAACCAGAACUCCUCCUGAUGUGCCACCCAGCUCCCCUGCAUCUAAGGCCGUUGCUCUCCUCUCUACCUUGGUUUCCAUUGCCCCUCUCUCCUCUUUCACUCUGUAGUCCUGCCAACCUCCGUUGGCAACAGCACAGGGAGGUGGCAGCUCUGACUGCCUCUAGCCCCGAGCCCUCAGGGAGUAAGGAGCAGCGUGCUGCUCCAGGGCUGACCUGUGGGUCCAACUUCUCUCUGCUCUCCAAGAAGUGCAUUCACUCUGCCUGCCUUGGGCCUAAGACCCUGGUGAUUACAGGGCUCAAAUGGGGUCCUCUGAGAAGGAAUAUGAGAGCAGCUCACUUGUCUCAAGCCUUGCCCACCCCUCUUCCCCCAAACCCCCUUUGGUUUCCAGGGUUUUGCCCCAGAGAUGAGCCAGGCUGGGCCUUUCCUGGAAGCAGCUGGAGUGAGCUGGCUGAGUGGCACUUGCCAGGACCUUUUCAUACCCUAGUUCUGCUUCCCUUUGCCUCCUGCCAAAGCAGUCCCCUGUCCUCUGUCAUGCUACAUGGGGUUCUGUGCUUGAGCUAGAAUGUUCUCGGGCACCUCCUGGCUCUGCCCUGUCCCACAAAGGGACGAGCAGCUUCAAACCUGUCCUCCCUGUGCUUGGUGGCUUGCUCACAGGUGCGCUCUGGCUACCCAGACAUUUCCUAUCCUCAGAACUUCCCAUCUUCUGCCCCCAUCCUUAGUCCCUUUGCUUUUGUAGGGAGAGGGAUAGUGUCAGGGGCUGGGCCAGCAGCUUGGGGGCCACAGGGAGAAGUUGGAUAAUGUGCCUGUUUUUUAACUCGAUAAAAAAGCCUACCUCCAAAAUUCCCUUUUUGUUCUUCCUGAACCUGGGCAUUCAGCCUCCUGUCCUUAACUAAAUUAGGAGCCUCUGCCUCCUGCCUGUGUAUCCUGGCUCCCAGGACACAGGAUGGUCCCCUUUCCUUGCACGCUAGCUAGUAGCUGGUAAGGUCUUCACACCCUGAGUUUUCUGUUUCCUGCUUAGUGGCACUGACAUUAAGUAGGAGGGGACAGUCCUCUGCAGUACUCUAGAGAGUGGGCUUCCCCCUUGGCUGUGGGCAGGCCCUAACUGUUUUCUGCAAAGUUGAGGGCCCCCCCUCGCAUAUUUAGUUCCUGUAUUCAAAACAUUAGUAAAAAUAAACAUUUUUACAGAGUCUUCUGCUGGACAGUUUGUCUCUUGACUCCUUGUUGAAAGGUUGUUUCAUUUCAAACUUACGACAAUAGGGUUUUUUGUUGGUGGUGGUUGGUUGUUUUAAAUUGAAACAACUUUUUCUCCCAAAAUCAAAGUUUUUGUUAAACUCCACCAUGUAAAAUUAUUUUGUUAGUUUUGUUAUGUAAAUUCAGAUUUAUAACAAUUUAGUGGUAUAAAGGAUGAAGCUAAUUAAUACAAAAAUUGGGUUAAAAUCAACUUUAGCAUUUUCUCUGUAUCUGUGCUUUUGGCUGGUUGGAAAGACUUUACUCGGUGUGAAUAUGUAGGCGGAGGUGCGGCAGAUCUAUGGCACUGCAGUGUCUCCUGGUUAAAGUGAACCCAGAAGCUUGUUUGUGCUUUAAACUCCAAGGAGUUAUGAGUUAAGCCUGGAGAGAGAGCGCAGCAGAGGAGAGGAUGCUCGUUGUUCUUGCAGAGGGCCAAGUUUGGUUCCCAGCACUCAAAUCCGGUGGCUCACAACCACCUGUAGCUCCAGCUCCAGGAGCUGGGGAGGUCAACUGUGCUCCUGCAAACACCCACCUGCCCACUCAUCUUCAUCCAUCUACAAACCUACCAGUGUCAUCGUAGAACAAAAGAAGCCGAGAGGAGAGUAACCUCAGAUCCUGUCAUCUGAUGAACCUUUUCAUUGCCUGUCGGAUUGCUAAGCCAAAGCAGAGUUGCAAAGCCAGAAUUGUCCACAGUGCAGGGUGUCAUGUGCAGACCGUGAGUGAGUUUAUAUCCAGCCAGAUUAGUACUUGGAUGUUAUAUAGUGGAUCUUGUAUAGCUCACUUGGUAUGUAUUAACAUUUUAACUUUUUUCUUUUAAAGAUUUAUUUAUUU